AUGAUGGCCGCGGCACGCGGCGCGCGUCCGCAUAGGGUUCCUCUCUCGCUGCUCGUCUCGGGUGUGCUCUCCUCCUUCCGGUUUGAGGGUGUGCUCUCGACGGUUUGCAAGUCCCGCCUUUCUUCCUUCCUCCCCGUCUUUCUCUCCCGCUUCCCUCCCACCCAGCCUUUUUCUGUCCCUUUCUCCCCACCUCCUCUCCCCCACCUCGUCGUCCCCCGCCUCCUCGCUCCCCGCCUGCUCUCCCCCGCCUCCUCGCCCCCGCCGCUCUUCCCCGCCUCCUCUCUCUCGCCAUCCCGUCUCCUCCUCGCUUCCUCCCCCCCGCCUUCUUUCUCCACAGCCGUGCUCAAUUACCGCGGGCUUGUGUGGCGCCUCCUCGACCAAUGGCAAUCGUCUGACCUAACGGCGAUAUCGUCGCCGUCCGCUUCUCUGUUCGCCGCGGGCAACGAGACGCAGGAGGGGACUUCUGAGACGUCUCAAGACUCGGCGAAUGCGACGUGGGGAUUCUUUGAACAAUCUCAACAUUCGGCUCGUUCCACGUGGGAGACGCGGGACGUUUCCGAGGCAACGAGGGGAAAGUCAACCGGGGAGUCAACCGGGGAGUCAACCGGGGAGUCAACCGGGGAGUCAACCGGGGAGUCAACCGGGGAGUCAACCGGGGAGUCAACCGGGAGCGAACACGCUGCGACGUCGGAUGCGGAGAGAGCGGCGUUGGACCGUGCCGAAGCUGCUGCUGUUGGGAUGAGCCGUGGGUGGAGGAAAUGGAAGGGACACGUGGCGCGCGAGGAGAGUCCGUUGGGGCAGCGCAGGCAGAUGGCUGAUUCGUGGCUGGAUGGUCCCUGCUCCGACUACGCGAAAGCCCCCGUCAUCAAUAUAACUUCUAUCGCGGAUUUCAGCAAGCGAACGAGUUUUACACCGGUUACAACGGUCAUCCUCGAACUACAGAGGAACCUCGUUAUAAGCAAGGGGAUUCUGUUUGACGGCACUUUCUCGUGCACGGUUCUCCGAUCCGCGAAGACCGCCGCGACCCCGUUUCAAAUCACUCACAUGGGAGCGAACGAACCGGUGCUGCGUAUAUGGAACACGAGCAACGUGCUUGUAUUGAAGGUAGAUUUCAAGCUCAGCGUUCGCUCCUCGUCCCCAACCUGCACCACUGUACCCGAAAUAUAUGAUAAGGCGCAGUGCCCGACGAUUUCAGUUAUCCGUUCUUACGGAAUUCAAAUCGCGAAGGGGAGUGUUUUUGGGAGAAUUGAUCUACACCGCACGUCGUCAUCGCGAGUUGACUCCAUGCGUGUAACCGGGAUUUCGACCUUCGAUCAGUCGCCUGGCGUGAUUCAAGUGACGUACAGUGGACACGGGCCUACACUCGCGAAAUCCUUCAUCGCUAUAACAAACAAUGAAGUGUAUGGUGUGAACACGCCCAUCGUCGUCCACAGGGGAGCCGUGGGCGUCAUCGUGCGAAACAACUACGUGCACGACUUCAUAUUCGCGGGCAUCCGCUGCGGCUCCGACGCGCACUGUGCGGGCGACUGCAUGCUCACGCAGAUCGACCGCAACCUCGUGGUGGCUGCAGGGAGGAACAGAUCCGGGGAUCAGGAUGCGGCCGGGAUCUACUUUUGCGUGCACUGGUUCAGCCCCGACAACACAGCGGAGUGUAACUAUGUUUUUAAUGGGGACCAAUGCUACUGCCUCGAUUUCGUGACGUCGGGAGUUUCAAUCAAGGGAGGCGCCUGCAUAAACACAUUCGCUGGCGUAAGGAAGGGCAACAACGGAAAAUGGAACAGGGUCGAGGAUGUGAUUAUGAAGAAGGUGCCCGGGUCCCCGGGGUGGAGUUCGUGUUUGACUCCUCUGGUGCUCAACUGUGACAAGAACCCCGGCACGUACUGGGAGCUCAUGAGGAAACAGUACUACGAUACUCCAGUCUUUAAAGAG